GUUUAGUAAAGGAAGUGUGCUCUGAUAACUACGUGGUCCACAACACGGGAAGACUUUUAUUGUGAAGUUGACUGAGCCGCGUUGUUGACCCGGAACUAGUUCCACAGAGCCGUGAACGCCUCUCCCCCGCUCUCACCUUCAUCCUGAAUAUCUCAAUAUCUCAAUAUCUCAAUAUCUGAAUGUCCUUUUCAGUCAGCAUGAAGGCGUACACACUGUAGAAAGCGCCGUGCGUCUUCCCACCUUCAGCUCUACCAUGAACGCAAAACCCUGUGUGUCUCUGCUGCAGCGCUCCAGGAUGGGGUUCAGACUUUGUGCGUCCACAGCGCCUCGCUGCAGUGCCGGGCCGAGAGCAAUGGAGACUCCCACCUGUCCUCCAAACAUCUCCCCCCAGUCCCCUGUACCCUGCAGCCGCUCUUACUCCAGCAGCAUCAAGGUGCGCCCCUAUCUUCAGUACAUGAAACGCAAGGUCCUACCCCCUCCCAGUCCUCCAUACAGUCAUGUGUGCCAGGUAGGCGACCCAGUGCUGCGUUCGCAUGCAGCCGCUGUUGACCCUGUGUCGAUAGCGGACCCUGAGAUCCAACAGGUCAUCAACACUUUGGUGAAAGUGAUGCGGAAACUUGAGUGUGUGGGACUGAGUGCGCCUCAGAUUGGGGUGCCACUCCGCAUCCUGGCCCUGGAAUAUCCCGAGAAGAUGCUGAAAGAGAGUUUGCCUGCAUCGAGGGAGGCCCGUGGUCUCUCCGUCCAGCCCCUGAGGAUCUUUAUCAACCCCCAGCUGAGGGUCCUGGAUGGACGGCCCGUGCUCUUUCAGGAGGCCUGUGAGAGCAUCUCAGGCUUCUCUGCUGCAGUUUCACGCUACCUGUCCGUGGAAGUGUCUGGUCUGAAUGAGAAGGGCGAAGCGGUCUCGUGGCAGGCCAGUGGCUGGCCGGCUCGUAUCCUCCAGCACGAGAUGGACCACCUAGAUGGGGUCCUCUACAUCGACCGUAUGGACAGCAAGACCUUCAUCAACAUCAACUGGCAGGCACACAAUGAAUAGAAGACCCUUAGGACACAGCAUACGCAUUUCCAUAAGAAUCUCUAGAUCGGAGUACAUGCAGUGAUUUGACAGUUUUACUCAACUCAGAUCAACCCACAUUGUCUUGAAGACAUGGUGUCUACUUAAUCUUUCAUGUGAAAAAUCUUGUGGCUUGCAGAAAGUGAUACAUUUUGAUGUCUGGUUCUGGCUGGAAUAAGAGCUCGAUGUCGGGCUCAUUGUGGACUGCUUCAACUGAAAAUCCAUCACUGGAAGGGAAGUUUCUCGGAUUGCUAGAAGCUGCAGGCCCAAAACCCCAAAGCAUGUUCUGUAGCCCCCAGGUCUAUGUCUAAUGAAUAAAGAGACGGAUAUGUUCAUUUUAAAAAGAGUUGAAUCAUAAACAAUCCCAAUGAAUAAAUACAACUAAAAUGGA